UUCUCACAAAUACAAAUUUUAGUUAGAUACCUACUGACUUCCAACUCCGGACAUUCAUUUUAUUUAUCAUCAAUCUCACGCAAGUUAAGCUCGUUAAAACUUGAUCUAGGUAAACAGUCGGUUACAUGCAGUAGGGUAGUUGUGUUUGGCUCUUAAAUAUUUCCGGACGGUUUUGCACCAAAGCAUGUGAUAAACGUUGUUUUUUUCAAAAACUUUAUUUGAAAAUUGCAUUUAAAUAACAAUGAGUGAGGAAAAAAACAUAAAUGUUGGCGUUGAAUUCAAGGAGCCUAAUUUAACAGAAGGACUCGUUCUUUAUUUUCAUCCGAAAAAUUUUCAUUCGCAAAAAAUCUUGUUUAUACUUUACGAAAAAAAUAUCAAAUUUACACCUUAUGUUUUGGAUCUAGCCCAUGGAGAACAAUACUCAUCCUGGUUUCUCAGUAAAAAUCCAAAAGGUGACGUUCCAGUUCUUGAGGAUAAUGGAUUAGUAGUUCCAAGUUCUCAAAGCAUUAUUAAUUAUUUGGAGGGAAAAUUCAAGGGAGCAAACUACCCACCUCUUAUACCGACUGAUAAAAAAUCAAUCGAGUACACUAAGUCAGUAUCUUACGAGGAGAUUUUAAGCAAACUACCAGUGGGUGCUUUAAGUCUGGGCUCAUUUAUACACAAAGAUCUUAAAUUAAAUCCGAAGCCACCAUUUACUGGAGCCAUUCGUCAAUCUUGUAUUGAAAACAAUGAUAAAGUUUAUGAAAUGUUAAAAAAGUCCGUAAACGAAUCCUCAGACUAUCAGAAAUCCACUUUAAAGGACAAACUUAACCUUCAACAGCGACGCAAGGAAUUGAUUUAUUGCAGAGUGGAAUUCCAACGAGUUCUUGAUAAGUUUGAAAUAGUAUUAAAACAAUUUGAAAAAGAACUAGAAGAAGGCCCUGAAAAAGAUUGGCUUUUAUCGUCAGAAUUCUAUUCAGUUGAUGUAAGCUUUGGAUUACUUUUGGAGCGACUAGACACUUUAGGUUUUGAAGAUUACUAUUGGGCUAAUGGAAAAUUGCCAAAAAUUAAACAAUAUUACUCGCGUUUUCGAGAAAGACCUGUUUUUAAAAAAGUUAUGCCAACAAAUAAUGUUGGUGUUUUAACAAACAUGUGGAUGAAUACUCCAGCUCAGUAUAAACUUGGAGCUGGUGUGAUUGGAAUGGCAAUGUUUGCUGCUUUUGCACACAAAUAAAUUCGUAAAAAUCAGAAAAUUUAAUUCUUAACUAAAAAAAACGAGUAGUGUAAUAUAUACAAAUACAUACUAAAUUCAAGGUUUCAAGGCUAA